UAAAUCCCAAAUCCUCCCCUUGCGCUUAUCGUGAAUAUAGGAGGAACACUUUCACAGGUCUUUUUAUUUUCAAACCGCCAUUCAGAUCUGCAACUCUCUCGCUCGUUUCCUUACUUUUUCACAACACUUUCUCUCAAAGUCUCAAUAAAUACUACAUUCUCUCGCAGAGAUUCAGAUUUGUUUGAGCCUUUUUCGAUUUAGAAAUGAUGUGGAGAUUCUGUGUUUUUGUUCUCGUGGCUCUCCUUUCUCUACAAUCUGCUCUUUGUGACCAUACGCCGGAUAGUUCACCGAGUCCGGCUCCAGAACCUUCUGCCGACUCUCCCUCGCCAGUGUCCGGAUCUCCGGAUUCCACUCCAGCGAAAUCUCCACUGGUUUCGCCGCCGUCUCCAUUGGCACCUUCUCCUACAGAUCUCAAUGCCGCUCCCACGCCUUCACCUGCUACUUCUCCUGCUCCUGCUCCAGCGCCGAAGGAUUCCAGCGAAGUGAAUCACGAUGGCGUUCACUCGAAUGACGAAUCGAAGGGAUCCUCCGGCGGUAUGAGCGGGGGCAGGAAGGCGGGGAUCGCGGUCGGAGUGCUCGCUGCUGCUGGCGUGGUUGGAUUGGGAGCGUUUGUGUACAAGAAGCGCCAGCAAAAUGUCAGGCGAUCCGAGUACAGUUACGCAGCGAGGCGGGAGUUUCUGUGACUGAAGAUACUGGCUUCUUCCCCAAAGGUUAUCAAUAUUUAUCGGUUAUUGGUGUUAUGGUUUGGUUUGCUUGGUUGCGUCGGAGGGACUGGUGCUUUCACAAUUCAAUUUACUAGAUAAAUGGAGAAAAAAUAGUGAUUAUCUUGAACUCCAAUCGAUUACUCUAUUGUAUUUUACUCCAAUCAAUUGCUCUAUUUUAUCCUCAGGAGUACUAUUGAGAUCUUGAUAUAAUUAUAGUUAUUUUCAAGUUGUCUUA